UCUCUUAAACUGAUUUCUAUUUUUAUAUUUUUGAAUUGUUAAGGUUGCCGGGUACAAGAAAUCAAAAGAAUUGAAUGUUAUCUCAUCAGAUAUAAAGGAUUACAACAUAACAGGCUACGAAUUGCUGUGGCCGAAUAUUCGAAAGGCACAGUGUCCUGAUGGAAAGCUUUGUCCACAUUGCCACACCGAUCUGUCUGAAGAAUCCAUUUUGUUCAUCCCAGGUGACAUGUAUAUUAUUGGAGUUGUCCCUAUUCAUACCAAAGGAUCCACUCCAUUGAAGUGUGGAGAAAUCAAAAAAGGAGGUUUGGAUAUUGCCGAAACAAUCCGGUUUGCUGUGAAAGAGGCUAAAUCGAAGCCUGAAGCGAAUAUCGGGAUAGUUAUAAUAGACAGCUGUAAUGAUCCACAAAUUAUUCAGGAAAAGAUAUUAACAUUACAUAGAUUUGGAGUUUAUGUAAAAGACCGGUAUAUACCUAUUGGUGACAAAAUCCUUGGUUACAUUGGUGGCUGGUCUAGCGAUGUCAGCAAAGCCGUUGCAGAUAUUAUUUCGCGCUUAGAGUAUCCACAAAUAAGUUACGCCUCAACGGCUCCUAUUUUAAGUGACAGAUCAAUAUAUCCAUAUUUCCUUCGAACGCCUAUCCCGGAUGGUAAACAAGCGGAAACUAUCCUGAAGAUUGUAGAGAGACUACAAGGAAACUUUAUUCAAAUUGUUCACAGUGAAGGUGCGUACGGCGAGGGCGGUAGGGAUCUUUUGCUGGACUACAUAAGAAACGGAAAGUUUGAUAUGUGUGUCUCUCAGACAAUAUCCUUUAAAACCGACACGAAUGGAACUGAUGUACUUUCUAAACUACGGAAGUUUUCAAAGGCUCAUAUUGUGGUCCUUUUUCUUGGUUCAUUUGACGUCGUGCAGUUAUUUAAAACAUUCAAUAUGAUCGACAGAAAUGAAUUUCUUUUUAUAAGUUCGGAAGGAUGGGGCACUAGAUUUGACGUUGAAUUGUACAGAAAACUCAAUGGCUGUAUCACUGUAACGUCACAAUUAAACGUUAAUGAGAAACUGAAAGACCACUUUGCUUCACUUAAACCUGAUCGUUCAAAUAUAAAUCAGUGGAUUCGACCAUACAUGGAGAAAGAAUUUGAUUGUUAUUUUGAAUGGAGUUAUGACAAAAGAUCGAGGAAAAAGUGCAAAGAAAAUGUGUCCCUUAAUGUGUUUACAACCGAUUUUCGAUUGGAUGCAUGGUCGCCGUUUGUAGAACGCGGUGUAAUCGCUCUUUUGUCAAGCGCAGAAACCACGUUGAGGGAGAAAUGUGAUGGAAAUACAACAGAACUAUGUGACGCUUACAAGGCCAGCCCUGAAUAUGUAAGUUCGGAGAACAAGCUGAAGAUCUUGCAAAUCACUCAUGGCACGCAUUUAUAAAUAUUUUUUUCACUA